GUUGAUAUUAUAAUAUGUAUACAUAGGUCCAAAGUCAAGGGGUGUGAGAUGUUCGAGAAACAAGGAGAUUCAUAAAAAAAAUGAUUUAAACAAACUAUUAACAUAGACAUCAGCGAUUGAAAGAAACGAUCUACACUUGUGAUAAAGCAUUGCAAAACGGGUACCGUUAUGCUUCACAGUAAGUGGGUAUGCAAGACCGUAACCUUAAAGACCUACAUAUCAUAGGACGGACGCGACCGCGGGUCUCGGAUCGCUGUUAUUUACCGGUAUUUUCUCUGUGCUACCCUGGGUACCAAACAGUAGUUCCGUACACAGGUUCCCUAGCGGAAGCCCUGGCUAGAAGGGACGCAAAUUGAUAACUGCUUAAAAAAAUAAAUAUUAUAAAAUUAAUUUAAAUCCAUUGGUGGAGAUUACACGGAUUUCAGGGAAAAGUGACUUAGUUUUAUUUUCUACCGUUGAGUUUGUGAGACGCAAUGGAGAAAAUUAUCCAGAAAGCGAAUUUGAAUGUCCAAUUUGUACAGAGGUAUGUCACAUCAUGGGUCAUCAGCAUAGGCAGCUUAGCAAAACGAAUAGCAAUCGCCAUCGCAGAAGCCGUAAUCUUGACAUGUGUAGCUGUGUACUACUUUGCCGAAACAAUUAUCUUGACAUUCACGCCAGGAUUCCUCAGGAACGAGAAAAGCGUUCGUGGUAAAGUGGUACUGGUUACUGGAGGGGCAGGAGGAGUAGGACAGGAGCUGGUCCUCAGAUUGGCUAGACAGGAUGCGAAGGUUGUCGUUUGGGACAUCAACGAAAAAGCUCUUGAGGGUGUUCGAGAAAGAGCCAAGGAUGAGGGUCAUAUAAUCUACACUUUCGCAGUGGACAUCACAUCAAGGGACACUGUAUACAAAUUUGCAGAAAAAGUUAAGGACGCAGUUGGUCCCGUAGAUAUUUUGAUUAACAAUGCGGGCAUUGUAUGUGGCCAAACAUUACUAGAGUUGCCUGACUACAUGAUCGAAAAAUCGUUCCAAGUUAACGUCAUAUCUAAUUAUUGGACAGUCAAAGCAUUUUUACCAGAUAUGUUGAGCAGGCGUAGUGGUCAUAUAGUGACUGUCAGCAGCUUGACAGGUCUUAUGGGCACAUACAAAUGCGUAGAUUAUAGCGCAACCAAGUUUGCCACUGUAGGAUUCCAUGAGAGUUUAUUGCUGGAAUUGAAAACUCAUGGCCACCACUUUAUCAAAAUGACUAUAGUUUGUCCAUAUUUCAUCAACACCGGCAUGUUCGAUGGCUGCAAACCAAAAGCAAUGCCAAUGUAUGAACCAAAGGAUGUAGCUAAGAGGAUUAUCACCGCAAUCAAGCGACGAGAAGUGUUUGUUACGAUACCGAAUUGGGCUAGAUUUGCUACACCGCUGAAGUAUUACAUUCCGGCAAAGUUGAACUGGGUGUUGCUUUACAGAGUUAUAAAAGCACCUCAAUCCAUGAUGGGUAUGCGAUCCUUCAAGAAAACAGAAAAGGUCGAAGCAGCCUGAAUGUAUCGGUUGCGUUUUGGUGAUUUUAUGUUUUUAUAUACUGUUAUUAGAAUAAGUAUUUAUACUUUCUAGUGUGAUUUUAUUUAGUGAUUUUUACAUUAUAUUAACCGAAUAAAUAAAUAGAUCAGUAGUAUUAUUUCUAUUAGA